UCCCCUAGAAAACAAACUAACUAACACCAACCCCACAUCAAUAAAAUAAAAAACUCUUCUUUUUAAUAAAUAAAACUCAUAAACAAUGAAAAAGUCGCACGAAGAACUAAACAAAACACCCAACGUCACGGGCAUUGCUCCGACGACCAAUUCGGCGAUGCAUGGUAAAUCUAAAAGGAGGGAGUUCACUCCGUUUUCAAGGCUAAACAGACUGAAAUUCAAAUCCACGGAAGCGUUACCGAUCGCUACCAGGGACUAUGGAUUAAUGCGAUCUACAAACAAGUCAUCGACUCCAUUUCCACGAGCCGAUCAAGGGGUAGAUGCCAAUUUACUGAAGGCUCGUCUCAAUAUGCGUCGGGAUUACGAGAAUAGGCGACAUGAACCAUUCUCUAGUUUACCGAAAAAGACCGACAGCCCUAGUAUCAGUGAUGCGGAGUCCCAUGAUUAUGAUCACUUCACCAUGCGUCAAAACUCAAGGCCCUCGGUCAGCGUUUUUCGACGCCAAUCGCUUACUAAAGACAAUUACAAGGAAAUAUUGUCCCUCGGCACCCCACAUCCCAAAAAAGGUGUAGCCCUGAAUGCCAAGGUGCUGACCAGGCGACUGACCGACAUAAAUGGUCAGCUCAAGAUGCAACGAGUGCCUAGCCAACAGUCUGAAGUAAGUCCCCCUCAUCGGCAUCUAAGGCCAAAGAAAAGGAAGGUCCUACUGUCGGUUAACGCCGACAGUCAGGCCUCGCUAAUACCACCCAAAGAUUCGCCAGUUGGAGAGCGAGUCAGUCAGACUUUGAGCCGGCGAUUGACCCAAAUGGACUACGAUGCCUCGCAAAGUUCGCUGAGCGGGGAGUUCCAGGAGCCGGAGAUCAGCUUUGCGGAGCGUCGAAGGAUAUUUCAUGAGGGCGAGUUCACCAUUGCGAAAUACGGCCGGAAAAUGAGCGAUGUGAUGAUGGCGGCCCCGGCGGCUACUGAAGAGGUGCUCGACAAUAGUAUGCAAUACGCCCAGAAGGCCAAAGAGGAGUUGGAGACCUAUAUGAGAUCGCAGGGUCUGAUCAAGAUCUCCAACGAUCAGGUCACUAUGACCCGGAACAUGACCCGUGGGUCUGCGGCAGCAAGCCCUACGGGAUCGGCUGAUAUGGCUCGGGAGAAACGUUUUAGUCAAAAAACUAAGCCAGUCACACCUCAAGCCCAAACCCAAAAUGAUUUAAUGUAUCUUGGCUAGCAGGAUUGCCGGAGGAUGAUCGUUUUAGUCACCUCCAGUAAUUCGGCUAGUUAGAGGAACAAGAUUUCGUUGUGAUAUUCGAGAUGUUUUGGAGAAUGUAUUGUGAAAAAUUUUGGUCAACUUCAUUCACUCAAUACAUAUUAUAA